AUGGCUUUACCAAGAUCGGCAUAUUUGAGCGAUGUCUGGAGGGAUGGUAUUUUCAAUGAUAAGGUCGUGUUUUGCACUGGCGGAUCUGGCAGCAUAUGCAGUGCCCAGGUUCGUGCCAUGGUUUAUCUUGGCGCAAAUGCCUGCAUCGUCGGCCGCAAUGUGAAAAAAACAGAGGAAAUGGCGAAGAAUAUCGCUACUGCUCGUGCCGGUUCAAAAGUUCUGGGCAUUGGGGCUGUCGAUGUUCGAAGCAUUGACAGCUUGAACAGUGCCGUAGAGCGGUGCGUGCAGGAGUUAGGUGCUAUUGAUUAUGUGAUUGCUGGUGCUGCGGGCAACUUCCUUGCCUCCAUUGAACAGCUAUCCACCAAUGCUUUUAAAUCGGUCAUUGAUAUUGACGUACUUGGAUCGUAUAAUACGUUAAAAGCUACUUUGCCACAUAUCAUAAAAUCUGCUGCUAAGCAUAAAUCUGACGGGACAACUCCGUCUCCCUCGGGGACCGGAGGAAGAAUUGUCUUUAUUAGUGCGACUAUGCACUACACUGGUUUGCCAUUGCAGACACAUGUAAACGUAGCCAAAUCUGGGGUUGACGCACUCUCCAAUAAUGUUUCAAUUGAGUACGGUCCUUUUGGCGUGACCUCGAAUAUCAUCACUCCUGGACCUAUUGGGGAGACUGAGGGUAUGCGACGACUUGCACGUAAGGGCGACGAUCAAUCCAAUAUCCCCCUUGGGCGGUAUGGCACUGUAAAAGAAAUUGCUGACGCAACGGUAUUCUUAUUUUCUGAUUCGGGAAACUAUGUCACCGGCUCUACGGUUGUUGUCGACGGCGGCUCCUGGAGGACUCAAGCUGGGAGGACAAAUCUUGGUUUCAAAUACCCUGACUUCCUUCUUUCUGGAAAGGCGGUAACUGGCGUUGAGGGAUUGAAAAAAGCAAAGCUAUGA